AAGCGUCUGCUAAAUAACUAAAUGUAAAUGUAAAAUGUAACAAAUCCACCUGAGUAGCACACUGAGGCACGCUCUGCGCGGGAAUGACAAAAAAAUCAUUUUAGUUCAGCCCUAACCGCACUGCAGCCGAGAGGAACCUAACCUAAUACAAUUCACAUCUGUGUCCCUGUGGAUUGCUUCUGAACACAGCGACACCAAGCACAACUGGCGUGCUCCACAGACCGCACCGUGAACUCAUACUCUCUUCUCCAGACAGCUUAGAGGAGCAGAGAUUUACUUGACCACCGUACGAACGGAAUAUACGCACAGCAGCUCACAACUCCAGGUGCUGUGUGCGUGUGUGCUGCUUGCUUUGGCACCCUUUUGCAGACUGUGGGAGCAGCAUGAGCGUGUGUGGGAGGAAGGCACUGACGCUGCUGAGCAGUGUGCUGGCAGUGAGCGGCCUGGGCCUGCUGGGGGUGGCCGUCAGCACCGACUACUGGCUCUACCUGGAGAAAGGCGUCAUCCUGCCGCUCAACCAGAGCACCGACAUACGCAUGUCCCUGCACUCAGGCCUCUGGAGGGUCUGCUUCCUGGCAGGUGAGGAGAUGGGUCGCUGCUUCACCAUCGAGUACGUCAUGCCCAUGAAUGUGCAGCUCAAGACGGAGUCCACCGUCAGCGUCCUCAAUAUGAUCCGUUCAGCCACGCCCUUUCCCCUGGUCAGCCUCUUCUUCAUGUUCAUCGGCUUCGUGCUCAACAACGUCGGCCAUAUCAGGCCGCACCGCACCAUCCUAGCAUUCGUCUCCGGAAUAUUCUUCAUCCUCUCAGGCCUGUCCCUGGUGGUGGGUCUGGUUCUGUACAUCUCCAGUAUUAAUUAUGAGAUGAUGAACAGGACCAGGAGCAGUGAGGCCUAUCUCAGCUACAAGUACGGCUGGUCGUUCGCCUUCGCUGCCAUCUCCUUCCUCCUGACUGAGAGUGCAGGGGUGAUGUCCGUCUACCUCUUCAUGAGGCGCUACGCGGCAGAGGAGCUGUACCGCGCUCACCCGAGCUUCUACCGGCCACGGCUGAGCGACUGCUCCGACCACUCGGGCCAGUUCCUGCACCCGGAGGCGUGGGCACGGGGACGCAGCCCCUCAGACCUGUCCAGCGAGGCCUCGCUCCAGAUGAGCGCCAGCUACCCCGCCCUGCUCAAGUGUCCCAAGUACGAGCAGGUCACCUCCUCCCCGUGCUGAGAGCCUCUCCACCUCACGGCCCCACCGGAGACCAGAGGGGGGAGAGGUGUGAGACUGGAGAAGAUGGAGCUGAGAGAGUGAAGAGUGAGUGCACUGAAAAAAGAUGACAGCGAUGGACAGAUGGAUGAGUUGAGAGGCACCUGUUUGUACUCCUUAUAGAGGGAAGGGUCUCUCUGGUUCUGUCUGUCUGUCUGUCUGUCUGUCUUCCUUUCUUUUCCCUGGUCAUGUUCAUUGCUUUCAGAGGUUCUAGCUGUCUCUUAAAUGAGGUUGAGUGAGUGUGCUCUGAGCUAUAAGUGGGGGUGGUGUUUGUUCGGUCAGGCAUUGUUUAAUAAUGUAUCAAAGCAGCUGUGUUGUAAACGCUUCUACCUCUGCAAAGGUACAGUGGCUAGGGAAGCAAGUGGAGAAUGGUGAGCUGCAGUACCUGCCAAAUCCUGCAGGUGGCAGCCAAGAGCCAUAACUCAAAAUAAUCAGUCAUUGAGCUCAGAAGAGCGGAGGGUAAAUUCAUUUGGGAAAUGGCCUGAUCUGAAGCACUAAAGAAAUCACUUCUAUUAAUGCUGUUUGCAGAACACCACGGUCAAACUCUUCAGGGGUUAGCAGAGCUGUUGCUUUAGACCGCUGUGGUGCAGCUGCUGUCUCAAAGGGACAUCUAUUUUACAACAUGAUUUAAUUACUUUCAAGUGGACCCACACAUUUUUUUUUAAACUAUUUCCUUAUUUGAUUUCUAUUAAUUUCAUUCUCUUUUAUAAUCCUCAUGUGUCUUGCUUGCCUUUUUGUCUAGCUCUGUCUAGUACUUUUUGGAUUUGCCUUCCUUUUCAGUCUUCUGUUAUCUCUUAUAUAUCUAUAUUUAAGCACUUUCACUCUUUUGUUUGUCCCUGUGAAGCACCAUAAUGUGUGUUUGUGCAUGAAUGGUGCUGUACAAAUCGUAUUUACUGUCAUCCUCCAACAUCUGGGACAGUCCUUCUCAUGAACUAAAGCUUUCUCCGUGUGGACAUGUGUUCAUAUCUUAUGUAUGUUAAGUGUUAAUUAAACUAGUCAGGCUGAGUGUCUAGAGACACUGCUUACUAUCCACUAAUUACUGCAGCCUUGCAAACGGAUGCUUCUGCUGUCUGUGCAGCCUGUUCAAAGGGUGUGAUCUAAGCAUCUCUCUGCCAGAUUUCAUAUCAAUGAAUGAAUGAAUGGAUGUCUGUGAUGUUAUAUCACGACAACAAAUCCACACAGAUAUACAGUAUGCUAACUGUCUCUGUUGCCUUACAUCUCCUUCAAAAGUAAAACUGACGAGGCUGACACCUCUUCACGUUUAUAGUCAGUUUCUCAUCUGCACAGUAGACCAGUUUCCUCUCCGUAUUUAUGGCUGAUGUAAAUAAAGCAGCUGUGAGCUACACGGCCAUGUCCUCUGAAUAACUCCUUAGUUCUUAGAUCUUGUCAUCUUGCACACUGCUUUCAUCUCAGAUGCCUCACGAUCCCUCGCAGCGGUUCAUUCCAUGGUGUGUUACAUAGAGCUCCAGUUCUUAAAUACUGUGUCAGUUUUUACAGCUUCUCACAUAGAUGGUACCUAAAAUGUAUUUAAUGUGUGUACAUUCAUCUUUUUGCACUACAAUUUUUUUCUCUUUUUUCUACCCUUUUUCUCC